GGAUCCUGACGGAAACGGACCGCUGGCACACAAUUACCAUGGCAACAUAAACACUAGGCAAGAAAACUUCGAAAAGGACCGGUAUUUCUGCGACUGAACCCUAAACGUAGUUACCUCAGGAUUUGUUUUCUCUUUUAACAUCUUAUUUAAAACACAAUGAUUGCACCGGCUGAGUCUCUCCUGAAAUACGACAAUCCAGUUCUGAUCAGGACAACCACCGACAGAAAAUCCGCCAAGGUGAGUUUACAAAGUUCAGCUAACGUCCCAUGGUUCAGGUACCGGAUGAUAAAGGAUAAAGGUGUAAUACCAAGUUGGGAGGAGGUACAGGAACAAAGGCACCAAAGAAUACAAAGAUAAUAUAUUAUUUAAGUGCAGGAGUUGAAAGUUAAAAAGGCCAUGAUAUAGUGGCAGAGGGUCCAAAAUGUGCAAUAAAUAGAUGUCAGAACAAAUCAACAACUCCUCCCUGAGUUAAUAUAAAGUCAACAACUCAGAAUUUGUUGGUUUCUUAUUUUAACUUUAAUAAUCCCCAGGGGGAAAUUGCUUUUCAUUACAGUAACUCCAGUGCAAAUAAAGUAGAAAGAGGAGAUAAAUAACAGAUAAAAGUAGAUAAAAUAGAUAAGUAGAUAAAAUAGGUAAAAUAAGUAAAAAUAAAGAUAAAAUAUACAAGUACGUACACUAAAUACACACCAUAAUAGUAAAAUAGUGUGUAUAUAAACAGUAAAAAAUAAGAAUUCACCUCUGACAUUAAUGGUCCCCUGUUGGUUUUACAACACUGAGUUAGGGAGGUUAUGCUUUCGUAUAAUCUGUGAGACAAUCUUACUUUUCAACUGUUUGCCCAUUAUAUAUAUAUAUAUAUAUAUAUAUAUAUAUAUAUAUAUAUAUAUAUAUAUGCUAUUUAUUUCAAACAUAUUAUUAAACAAUUAAACAACAACAACAAAAAACCUUAUAAAAUCUUGUCACUACAGGGACGCCCUUUGAAAGUGAGCCCUCAGCUGCCUUUGGACUCUUCCCCUGUCCCCCCACCUCCAAAACCCAAAUCCAGCUCCGUUGAUGUUGUUCAGCUGGAAAAUGAGGAGAUCCUGAACAUCAUCCUGCCGCCCAGGUCUAACUUUCCCCAUUCACUGUAUAUUUGUCAACAUGCCCAGUCUACUCCUAUGUUUACAUCCACCUGUGUUAUCACAGAGAGUGGAUGGACGGGAACCAGCUGUGGGUGCAGCAAGUGUCCAAUGCUCCUUGUACAAGAACAGAUGUAAUCCGCCUGGAGGAGAUGCUGGACACAAAGCUGCAGCAAAGGCAGGCCAGACAGACUGGGAUAUGUCCUGUCCGCAGAGAGCUCUACACUCAGUGCUUUGGUAAGGGAAACUGCCAUGCCAACAAUUCAGGUGCACAGGACCAUCUAGAGUACAAUAGAGUACAUGAUCUGAGUUUCAGAUCAUGUACUCUUUUUUUGAGAUUUGAACCUCCAUUGAAAGUACAUUCAUCCAGUCAUCUUUAUCUGCUCUGGACUGACAGACUUUUUGUACUCCUUUCAGAUGAGCUAAUCAGACAAGUGACAAUAAACUGUGGUGAACGAGGCAUGCUGCUGACGCGGGUCAGAGAUGAGAUUCAAAUGACCAUCGCCGCCUAUCAGACUCUGUAUGAAAGCAGUGUGGCCUUUGGGAUGAGGAAAGCACUGCUUGCUGAACAGGGCAAGUCUGACAUGGAGAAAAGAGUGAGGAUAUUGUUACUUCUUAUGCUUAAUUUGCCAUUAAAACUCUCAUUAGUAUUUACAGAGAGUAAUUCCAGACAUACAGUAGUUCUGCUACUAAAGCUAAGGGACUAAUUAAGCUUUUAAGUUAUCCAGCAGAGGGCACCAUUUCCCUUCCAGAGUAAAUCUGGUGGGCUGGUGUCCACCUCAAGAAACCAAUUCGACAUUCAGAGCAAAUCUGUGACUCUCUCCAAACACCCAGAUUGAUGAACUUGAAGACGAAAAACUCGAGCUGAAGAAGGAGCUGAACGAACAGAAAGCUGAAUGGGAUGCAUACAAAAAAAGCGAAAACGAAAGGCGACAGAUCGAUGAGAAGAAACACGCCGAGGAGAUCCAGUUCUUUCAAAGAACCAACCAGCAGCUCAAGGUGACCUUUUUCAGAAUCAAAUGUCUUAUAAAAGUAUUCUCUUUAGAGUUUACACUGGUAGUGGAUGUUUUUCACUAAUUUUAUUUUGUUUUCCUCUUCAGACCCAACUGGAAGGAAUCAUCACACCCAAGAAGUAACUCAUUCAACAUGGACUGGGACUCCUUCUCAAAGUAUACAGUGUUCAUUUUCUUAUUUCUAAAUGCCAAAUAACACAUGUACAACAGCGUCAUUAGCAAGUGUUUUAUUGUCUCCAACAGCACGACAUAACAAGUACAGUUCAAACAAUCACUGUACAUUUCUCUUGAACAUCAAGAGAGCAUUACAUCUGUAUGUGAUGAAUGAAAUGUCAUUCAAAAGCAGGGGAGAGAGCUGAAGAGGCAAAAACAGUGAUUUCCCUGAAAGACACAUUAAGUCGUGUCUGACAAAAUCAGUUUAUCAAACUGAUCCAGUUCCACCUUAUUCCCACUUUUUCUUUAAAACACAGUCUUUCGUCUAAUUUAAAUAAAAGGUUUCUUGUAUUUUAA